AUGGGCCGGCUCGACCGGAGUGAUACCACGGCCUCACAGGAAAUCAGGUGGACACAGCCUUUCUGUGUGUUUCGCCGAAUGUCAGGCCGUGAAGGUGGCAAGAAGAAGCCGCUGAAGGCUCCCAAGAAAGAAGCAAAAGACCUAGAUGAGGAUGACCUAGCCCAUAAGCAAAAACUAAAGGAACAGCAGAAGGCUUUACAGGAGGCAAAAGCAAAGGCCUCACAAAAAGUUGAUCUACACACGAUGAACUUCAUAAGAAAAUUAUUUAUCGGUAAAAAUGCUUCUCCAACCACGAUCACUCCAAACACUGUAGAAACGCAAGGAAUAACAGACGAAAAUUCACACUCUGAUAUUAAUUCAAACGUUCUUGAUACAAAUUCGACACAAAAUUAUAUUGAAGGUGAAAUCAAUAUUGUUAAUAUUGCAGUCGAACAUAAUAUUUCUGAAGAUGAUAUUAAUGAAUUAGAUUGUGAUAAAACAUUCCAUAAUCUAACCAGUGUGCCUCCUAUGGAAGUAAUUUGUGAUACCGAUGUUUGUAAAGAAAUUAACAAUAAUAGUGUUGCUUGCAAAAUUAAUGAAAAUUCGGAUAUUGUAACUAAUAUUUGUGAAGAGAAUUUACAUGAAAAUGAUGUAGAAUCAAUUCAAAAUGUCCGGAAUGAUAAUCAAAUAAUAGAAAUUAAUAAUCCUAAUGCUAUUGAUGUGGUAGAUUUGCAACUAAAAGAAUUUGAAGAAGUCUUAGAAAACAUUGAUGAUUUGCUUACAACAAACAAUUUAGAAACUCAAUGUAGUUUAAAUUCAAACGAAAUUGACGAGAUUUUAAAAGAGAUUGAUACUGCAAAUGAAGAUUUGCAUGAUGAAAUUAAUAACAAUAGCAUUUCUGAUGAAACGAACGCAAAUAACAAUUCAGAUGAAAAGAAAAUUUCAAAUAAUAACGAAAUACUCGAUGUUAUUUCAAUAAAUUCGUCUAUUAAUGAAGACAUACUUCGAAAUGAAGAAACAAAAGAACCAAUAACGCUAAUCAGUGAUUCAGACGAUUCAGAAUCAUGUGACGGCUAUCAUUCGUCAGAUUUUGAAUUUAUAUCUGAAACUGAAGCCAGAAUGGACGGAUUUAUCAUCAAUUUUAGACAAAAUGGACCUUCUGAAAUUCUAGAACCAUUUAAUGAGUACCCAUGUCAAUUCGCUGAUGAGUUAUUUGGAGAAUCAGAUCCAGGCGAAGGUACUAGCUCCCAAAACAGGUCCAGAAAUGAAUUCGAAGAUAGAAGUUAUAGAGACAGUCAUCAAAUUCCUGAAGGAGAGAAUUAUUACCAAUUGUUUCAAGGGUUAUAUAAUCCUGUUAUGGCUGUUUCGGAAAUUUAUUUUUUGGAAAACAAGUCUGUUAGGACUUCAGCUAUGAAUAGUCAGUAUGAUGGGAUGGGAUUUGAUAAGCAGUUGGCUCUGAGGAGGCACCAGCCUGAUAGCUCGGAAGAUGAAUUUGCUGACGAUGCAAAAGAGACGGCUGGAAAGAUUUUAAACAUGUAUCCGAGAGAGAAUAGAAAAAGAAGAAGGCGACGCUAAACAAAUAUAAAUUAGUUUUUU